UCCGUAAAUCCCUUGUGAUUCCUUAUACAUAUAUGAAAGAGGAGGACGAGUGAACAUUCACCAUCUUCGCCACAGGCCUGCAAAUAUCUCAGCAUGAGCCACCACUCCGCGGGGAGUCCCGCUCCCUCCACCAUGACCGGAGAAUGCAAGAUCGAGAUGCUCUGGAACUGGAACGUCAUGGACGCCUGCUUCCUCUCCUCGUCCUGGCACAUCAAAAACAACGCCAUGUUCGCCGCCUCCUGCAUCGGCGUCGUCCUCCUAGUCGUCUGUCUCGAAUUCCUGCGUCGUCUAGGCAAGGAACACGACGCCUAUCUGCACCGCCAAUUCCAGCGCCAUCUACGUCUCACGCAAUCCCAACUGGAAAAGUCUCCAUCCAACGAAUGCUGUACCGCAGAGCCCGCGGCGCUGCCAGGGUACGCGACGUAUCGCGCAAGUCCGCUGCAGCAGCUGUGUCGCGCGGUGAUUCAUGGGGCCACGCUGGGGGUGGCGUAUAUUGUGAUGCUGUUGGCCAUGCAUUAUAAUGGUUAUGUAAUUAUUUCGAUUGUCAUUGGGGCGACGUUGGGAAAGUUUCUGUGCGAUUGGAUGGUUGUGAGGAUUCCGUAUAGUUCGGGGUUGGUGGAAAGGGAGGGGUUGCAGGGGAAGAGUGAGGUUGAUGUGGCCGGGCCGACGGGGUGUUGUGCAUGAUGAAGAGGGAGGAGAGCUUUGAUACCACUUUCCCUAUGACACAAAAUGGAAGCUUUUGCACGAAUAGUGUGCUCGGUACAUAAUAAACUGGUCAGCGAGACAUGGUCCCAAUUCGCUGCGUCAGAGCUGUUGUUCUCGGACGCCAGGUAUCCAUGGGCGAGUGGCGCCUACGGUCUAUUGAGGGCUACUGCUGACGUUACUAGUAAUCCCAAGGUGAUGCUUCAGUUGGAGCUCGAGACGUUGAAAUGCAAUAUCUGCUAUCCAUAGCCAAAGGGGUAAUAAUGGGAAAAGGCAUAGAAAAAUGCUCGAAAUUGUACCAAACAGACAAUAUAUCUAGGACGCCUUCACUAGGUCAAUUCGCAACUUAUAGCAGUUGCACCCCCUUGCUUUCCAUCCACUCCACCGCAAUCACAGCUAUCGAUAGGAACCUUGGUGUAGCGGCGGCACUCAAAAGAG